AUGGAACAUGACAAUAAUGAGGAAGAUAGCGAUGAAGACGGGAGCGAUGAUGAUUUGGCGUUCACAGUAUCCUCCGAAAACGAAAUGGAAACAGACAGCUUCCUUGAAACACACCAAUUUAGUUGCCUUGACCCCACGCUCGCGUCCGUUCCCAUAUGCUCCAUAGACCUAGUAGCACACUGCAAAUACCAUAUGUCCCAACUGGCGGCUCUCCAAUACUAUCUUUCAAGAUGUGCGCCAGGUACGCUCAGACAGCUCUUGGUACACACUCACCUUCCCGGUGACAAACCCCUUGGACACUUCAUUGAGCAUGGUUACGUCGGAAGGUCAUUAAAUAUAAAAAGGGAAGGCCUUGAAAGGCCAAUGGGUACUCUAUCAACCCUACAUUUGAAAGGACUCUAUCUGUACUGGACAAGUCAGGCGUAUCGUGAACUUACGGAUCUUUAUCUGGGAGGAAUGGUUCGAAUUCCUGAGCACCAACUGAUUGAGAUACUGAAGUCAAACCCGAGGCUGCAGGCACUUCGUCUGAGCUGCUGGAUUACGGAUCCAACGGCACGACGGUAUGAGACUGGGCUUUUUCAAGAUGAACCACCGUUUGACGUCUAUCUCGAGAGUUUGAAGAUACUUGACAUCCAUGCUCUGGAUUGUGAGAAUGCUACACUUCUUCUGCGCAGGUCAUCCUAUAGUUCGAACCCACUCUGUCUAUGUCUCCCUAGAGUCGAUAGGGAUGAUGACGUAUCCCGUGUUCUGUUUCGUUCCAAGAAUCUAAACGUGACGGAGUUACGCAUCACUUCAUGCAAUUUGGACGGCCUUUAUGAAUACUUGGAGAAAUAUAGUAAACUUCGCGUGCUCGUUAUAGGGAGGUGGCGCGAAUCCAAGAAUACCAUCAACCUACUCGUUCCACCAAAAUGUGGCUGUGACCUCUGGUGGUAUUAUCCUGGUAAAAAGAGCGAGCUCUGCUUGGACACUCUGUACAUGACCCGACUUAGGAUCCCUGAAAACGAACUUCAAAUAAUGGUUGACUACUAUUCGGUCCGGAGAGUUGUACUUUGGGGAUGUGUCGUUAUUCGAUCGGGAGGAAAGACACGGUACGAAGAAUCCAAGAUAACUGCACUCUGUCCUAUCGUAGACAUCCUUGAUGGUAGUAAGCCCAGCCCGGUCAGGGAAUGA